ACAAGAGUUCCGGAUACUGGUUUUGUUCGUAUUUAUUUCCGUAUCGUCAUGGCUUCCUCAGCCGGUGACGGGACUCUGAAGCCGCUGCAGAGAGCGAUGAAAUUAGCCAACAGAGCCAUCCAGCUGGACACCGGGCACCGGCCCCGGGACGCCUACGUGGAGUACCUGAGACCUGUAAAUUUCAUCUCCCAAACCCUGGCAGAGGAAGCUGAACAGACAGGUAGUGUAUCUUAUCUGUGCACACAGUGAGGACUACAGAAGAUGCUGAAGCUGGCGGAGCAGUGUCUGGAGAGGGCUCGGACCACCGCUGACAAACUGGGUGAGUUCAUUCUGGCCUGCAGCUCCCCGAUCCUCCCCCAGCUCUAAAACCUACAAGUACCUACAUCCAUUUUUACCCCAUCUACCUCCAGGACGUCACGGGCGUCACUUAGCCGUCAGUAUGGGCACCGACGAGCUUGUUCAGAUGAGGUUCGGAAAGUUGAUGCCUUUCCAACACCAGAGGCUUUUCAGAUGCUGAGGGCAGCCGAAGUUCAGAGCUCCAGGAAGGAGCUCACGCCCUUGGAAGAGGCGUCCAUACAAAACCAGAAGCUCAGGGCAGCAUAUGAAGUCCGACUGGCACGACUGGACCCUAGGCAGGCCUCUCAGAAGACCUCACUGACGCUGUCACUGCAGAGACAGAUGAUGGAGAACCUGGUAAUAGCCAAGGCCAGGGAAGAGACUCUGCAGAGGAAAGCAGAGGAGCGCCGGCUGCGGCUGCAGGAAGAGUCAAACAGACGCUUCUCCAAAAACAAGCAGAUGACCCCGGCGGAAGAAGAGCAGAAGACGCUGUACACUGCCGUGCUGGAAUAUGAGCAGGACUAUGAAUGGCCCAAAGAGUAUCUGGAGAGGAUUAGGAGCAACCCGAGUGACUCUGACUUAGUUCCCAGCUAUGUCUGCCAGAUCCUCAGCACCUCAGAUCAUCCGAUUGCCAAACUAGUCCUCCAUCUCCAGUGCCAGAUCUACAGCCGCCUGUAUCCCGUCAUCAGUAAAGACACCUCUCGGGAAACCGAAACCUCCAAAAUGUUCCGCCAUUCUCUUCCACCAGACCCGUCCCCUUUAUCAGCCCUCAGCACCUCACAGCUGAAAUCCUCAAAGAGUUUCCACUGCCUCCCCAGACCUCCCCGCUCCUCCAUCCCGCACAGCCGCUCUAUAGGAGAGGGGCUGGAAAGCUGGGAAAACCCUGGCAGCACCCAACCUGACCGAGGACACAGCAGGACAGACAUGGAGAACUCUUUCGAGGAUUUGGAAAGUUUACUGUCCCCUACAUCCCUGACGCUGCCGGCUGCGCUGCAGAGACUGAACGCGGCACAGCACUUACACGUCGUGGUGAAAGAGAUGCACAAUGCCAGAGACCGGCUGCUGUCGUCCGCCAUGUUCUCACUGAACCUCCCUUUAAGCCCACAAGUGAAGGAAGCCUGCCGGGAGUGUCUAGAGGACGGCUUCUUCCCCCCGCUGUGGUCUGCGCUGCUCGCUCUGUACAGACAGGUGUUGCUUGCCCGGGAGGAAUCUCUGCUCCAGGUCAUGGAUUUGUACAGCACCGCUUCACCAUCUGUGCUGGGGGUCUCCAAAAAGCUGUACCCUGAAGAUGUAAAACAACCGUACAGAGCUGCGGUGGAAGAACUAGAACAGCUGCCGCAUCAGCGCACUCCGCAACGAAAACUGGAGUGUAUCGUGAGGACCCUACGUGUCAUCUGUGAGUGCGCAGAAGAAUAUUUCUCCACCCCGGGGACUGCCGCCAUUGGCGCCGACGACCUCCUGCCCAUCCUGGCAUUUGUAGUGCUGAAAAGCCGCAUGUCUCACUUGCUGUCGGAGUGCGCGGCGCUGGAGGAGUUCAUACAGGAGGGAUAUCUGAUUGGAGAGGAGGGUUACUGCCUGACCUCCCUGCAGAGUGCCCUGGCCUAUCUGGAGACGCUCCCUGUGCCCCCAUCACCCCCGCCUGUCUGACCAGGGACCACAUGGAGAAACCACCUACGUUACAAGCUGCAUCUGUCCUGUGGAUGGAUCUCACAUUAUUAUGCACCUUACCUGUGUACAUGAAGUCAACCACUGGUCAUCCUCCCAUGAAUGUGAAACAUAUACAUCUCUGGGGACAUCUUUACAGACUUUCCUAAUACAGAUGUCUCAGAAACCAAUAUGGCCGCUUUUGCAGCUCCGGCAUGGGUUGUCGCCUAACCUUCUUGUGCUCCUGAUGGAUGCGUCCCCCUGCCCUUUCAGCGCUGUAAUGGCGGGCAUGCUGACAGAGCUGUAAUCCUGCUCAUACAGCUGUUUGUUCGUUUUUCUAUGUUACUGGAAAAGCGGGUGUCAGCCAGUAUGGCCGCAGUACAGCUACUUGUCACCCCAGCUUUCCCAAUCCUCUUCCCGAUGCAGCAAUAUGGGGGGUAGGGGAUCCGUCAGGAGUUUGGUUCAGCCAUGCAGGAGCUGGGUUGGGAGCCAUAUUGGAAGGCAUAGAACUAAGAAAAAGAUGAACGGAGUGUCUAACGACCUACUGGAAAUGGGCAAAUCAAGGACCUGCAUUUCCUGGGGAUUUGCUGAUUUUUGGGAGGGAAUGAUCUUUACUGGUGAAGAUACAUUGAAGGUGCCACUGACUGGGCUCGGAGCACGAUCUAUGGGGCUGUUCUGAUGAGUAAUUAUAAUAUUGCACUAAAUUAUUUAUAUCUAAGAUUUUAUCAUUCAAACUACAGAUCUCGCCUUGCUGGGACUUUUUUGGCAGGUGUUCAACCUGCGGCUGCUGUAAAACUACAACUCCCAUCCUGCCAGCUAACUGCUGGAGCUCCACAAGUUGCAGAACAAUGCUCUAGAACAGGGAUCAGCAACCAUCGGCACUCCAGCUGUUCUGAAACUACAACUCCCAGAAUCCUCUUUUCACUUCUAAUGGGAGUUGCAAGAACAGCCGAGUACGUGUGCAUGCUGGGAGUUGUAGCUUCACAGCAGCUGGAGUGCCAAAGGUUGCUGAUCCCUGCGUUAGAACAAGGAUCUCCAACCUGUGGUUCUCCAGCCGUUGCAAAACCGCAAUUCCCGCCAUCCCCCAAUAGCCACAGGCUGUGAGGGCAUGAUGAGAGCUGGAGUUUUGCAACAGCUGAAUCACCACAGGUUGCAGAACAAUGCUGUAGAAUAGGGAUUCCCAACCUACGGCCCUCCAGCUGUCGUGAAACUACAACUCCCACCAUGUUCUGCUGUGGGCUGAUAGCUAUAGGCUCUCCGGGCAUGCUGGGAGUUGUAGUUUUGCAACAGCUGGAGGGCUGCAAGUUGGGCAUACCUAUUCUAGAAUAAGGAUCUCCAACCUGUGGCUCUCCAGUUGUUGCAAUAAUGCAACUCCCACCAUGUCCCAAUAGCCACAGGCUGUGAGAGCAUGAUGAGAGUUGGGGUUUUGCAACAGCGGAAGCCUUACAGGUUGCAGAACAAUGCUCUAGAAUAAGGGCCCCCAACCUGUGGCUUUCCAGUUGUUGCAAUAAUGCAACUCCAACCUUGUUCUCAGGGCAUGUUGGGAGUUGUAGUUUUGCAACAGCUGGAAAUUCCCAGGAUGGAGAUUGCUGACUUGUGUUCUCCUUAUACUUUUGUGGUUGAAAUAAAGUUAUUUUUAGUAC